AUGACCGAAAACGUUAAUAUAAGCAAUACAAUUAUUGCCGAUAUACCAAUUUUCAACAGUAAUCAUGGUGUUUUUGACAAUACAUCAGAAAUGGUUGGUAACAAUCUUCUCAAUUUGAGUAAAGACUUAUCUGGUAUUCAAACAUUAAAUGUAACCCAAAAUACUUUAAAUUUAUGUAUUGAAGACAUAUCCGAGAAUAGUAAUACAAAUUUAUUGGAUAAGUUAAGACAUUGGGUUUUAGAAUAUAAAAUUUCACAUAAUAGUUGUAAUUCACUACUUAUUAUAAUGAGGUCGGAGGGAUUGAAAGUACCCAAAGAUGUGCGUACUCUUAUGAGAACACCUAAAACACAUGAAAUUUGUAAUAUGACUAAUGGUACUUACAUUCAUUUAGGCUUUGAAAAUAUGUUAAUACCAGUUUUAGAGUUAUAUUAUAAAAAUGUAGGAAUAUCUGACAACAAUUUAAAAAUAGGGAUUAAUAUUGAUGGUUUACCUUUGGUAAAAAGUUCCAAAAGUCAAAUAUGGCCAAUUUUAGUUUCUAUUUUAAAUUUUAAGGAAUUGCGUACUAAUGUUUUUCCUAUUGGUAUUUUUCACGGUUACCAAAAGCCUCAAUCGGUUGAAGAAUUUUUUAAUCCAUUUGUUUCGGAUAUUUUAAAAGUAUUAAAAGAUGGUUUGUAUGUAGGAGGAAAAUUGUUAAAUGUAGAGAUAUCAAAUAUAGUUUGUGAUGCCCCUGCAAAAUCCUUUCUUUUAAAUGUAAAGAGUCAUAAUGCUUAUUUUGGGUGCACAUCAUGUGUGGAGGAAGGAACCUAUUUACAAAAUCGUGUAUCUUUUCUUGGAACGGAGUCAAAAUUAAGAACUGAUGAAUCAUUUCGCAAACAAUUUGAUGAUGACUAUCAUAAAGGGGAUAGUCCAUUACUGAAUUUACCAAUUAAUAUAACUGAAGUAGUAUGCUUUGACUAUAUGCACAAUGUUUGCCUUGGAGUAACAAAAAGAUUGAUAGAAUUUUGGGUUAGGGGCAAAAAAAGACAUUAG